AUGACAGCAAUUCAACGUAUUUCGGCAAACAUAGCAAAACAAAGAAAAGAUUCUCUAUUUUCCCGAAUCGGCAAUUUGCAACUGCCUUUGCCCUCUAACGAAUUGGAGUUGAACGAAGUUGCUGAUACCGAUGAGUGUGGUGCUCUUUUAUCCGAGGCAAAAGAAUUUAUUGAUAAAAUUGAUAAGAAGGUAGAUAACGAAGCAAAUAAGGAUGACAUUUUGAAUGAGGAUGUAAAAAUGCUUCGAUUUCUGUGUGAAAUGCUCGAGAAAUCGGUGCAUGCCGAAAAUGCUGAGAAGGAAAAAAUUUUGCAAACUAAAGAAGAUAAGGAACAAAAGACAUGGGCAGCUGGUUUUGGUCAAAAACAAAAACGUCGUAACAUUAUGCUUGAAAGUAUGACCCAACAAACUAUUGUGGGCAUUGACAAUAUGGGGAUAAUCCCUGAAGAACAGGAACAACAAGUGGGAAAUAUCGAUAAAUAUGAAAAAGAGGGAAAGGAAAAGGGUGAUUUUUAUAAAUAAAAAAAUUAAUUUCAAUAUAAGA